AAGAAGAAUCUGCAAGGAGGAUUAUCUUUACACCUAUUUUUUUGCCAACUUUUCUUUAUUGAAGGUGGUUUUAUUCAUCAUCUUACCUGUAUGAGAUUUUCCUCAGAUGGAAUAAUGCCUUCGUGCUGGAGUAGAAGCUCCUGGUUUCCAGUAGUGUUUGGUGCUGCACUGGUUGUUCUCACUGCUGGUAAUGCUGGACUGAACCAGGACAAAAGGGAGGGAGGGUCAUCCUCAUGCUAUGGAGGCUUUGAUCUAUACUUUGUCUUAGACAAAUCUGGGAGUGUGCAGAAUCACUGGACCGAAAUCUACCACUUUGUUGAGCAUCUAGCUCAUAAAUUCAUAAGUCCACAAUUGCGGAUGUCCUUCAUUGUGUUCUCCACUGAGGGAAGGAUUUUAAUGAGCCUGACAGAAGACAGAGAGCGUAUCCGCAAAGGUCUGGAGGAGCUCCAGAGGGUUCUUCCAGGGGGAGACACCUUCAUGCAUGAAGGCAUCCUGAGGGCCAGUGAGCAGAUAUACUAUGGAAACACUGAAGGUUAUCGCACCGCCAGUGUUAUCAUAGCUCUGACAGAUGGAGAGCUGCACGAGGACCUUUUCUUCUACGCUGAGAGAGAGGCCAACCGUUCCCGAAGUCUGGGUGCCUCUGUUUACUGCGUGGGGGUGAAGGACUUCAAUGAGACACAGCUGGCAAAGAUCGCUGAUAGUAAGGACCACGUUUUCCCUGUGAAUGAUGGAUUUGAGGCUUUGCAAGGGGUCAUUGACUCGAUCCUGAAGAAGUCCUGUAUCGAGAUCCUGGCAGCAGAGCCCUCCAGUAUCUGUGCAGGAGAGACUUUCCAGGUGGUGGUGAGAGGAAAUGGAUUCCUCCACGCCCGCAAUGUCGAUAAGGUCCUGUGCAGCUUUCGCAUUAAUGAUACCCUUACUAAGAUGGUGAAGCCUUUGAUUGUGGAAGAUACAUAUCUUCUCUGCCCUGCGCCAGUGCUUCAAGAUGAGGGAAUGGCAGCGAACCUUUAUGUCAGUAUGAAUGAAGGUCUCAGUUUCAUCUCGAGUUCAGUCACCAUUACCACUGUGGGCUGCUCUGAUGGGACCAUACUGGCCAUAGCUCUGCUCAUCCUGAUGCUGCUCCUGGUUUUGGCUCUCCUCUGGUGGUUCUGGCCUCUCUGUUGCACUGUGAUCAUCCAUGAACCCCCACCGCCAACUGUGGAGGAGAGUUCGGAUGAUGAGGAUUUAGAAACCCCUAAGAAGAAAUGGCCAACUGUAGAUGCCUCCUACUAUGGAGGAAGAGGAGUUGGGGGAAUCAAAAGGAUGGAGGUUCGCUGGGGUGAGAAAGGCUCUACUGAAGAAGGAGCAAAGCUGGAAAAGGCCAAAAAUGCCAAAGUGAAGAUGCCUGAGCAGGAGUAUGUGCCGCCCCCCACGCGGGUUCUCAACAAUGGCAUGCACAAACCCCCAGGGCCACGCAAGUGGUACUCACCCAUCAAGAGCAAGCUGGAUGCAUUGUGGGUACUUUUAAGAAAAGGCUACGACCGUGUAUCUGUAAUGAGACCUCACCCAGGCGACAAGGGCAGAUGCAUGAACUUCACUCGCAUUAAGUCUCCGUCUCCUCACUACCAACACAACAACCACCACCCGUCUCCCAUCUACAACCCUCCCAGCAGGAGUCCACCUCCGGUGGGCACCCUCCCACCAAUCCCAAACAGCCCUCCAUCAUCUCCAUCGUUCUCCUCCACCUGUCCAUUGCUGCCUCCAACACCUCCUCCCACCUACUCCACUCCUUCCCCUCCCAUCACCCCUCCCCCUUACACCCCACCUCCCAACCGGGCUCUUCCUCCGACCACAUUGCUCAUACCUGCCCCGCCAGCGCUCCCACCCACCCCGCCACCCUCCGUCUCCCCGACCAGCCCCUUACCUCCUCCUCCGCAGGGACCUCCCCCAGGACGAGCCCCGCCACCCGCCCGCCCCCCGCCGCGCCCCGGCCUGUAG